AGCUCUUGUCAUUGGCCAAACGGAAACGCAGUGACUCUGAAGAAAAGGAGCCACCUGUGAGCAAACCUACAGCAUCUUCAGACUCUGAGACAUCAGACAGUGAUGAUGAGUGGACUGUUGGAGGUUCUAAAAACAAAAAAAAGGGAAAAGCGGGUAAGGCAGAGAAGAAAGGAGCCAUGAAGAAACAGACGAACAAAGCUGCCUCUUCAGGCAGCUCAGAUAAGGACAGCUCGGCUGAGAGCUCGGCACCUGAGGAGGGAGAAGUCUCUGACUCGGAAAGCAACAGCUCCUCAUCUAGUUCAGAUUCAGAUUCUUCAUCUGAAGAUGAGGAAUUCCAUGAUGGCUAUGGAGAAGAUCUUAUGGGAGAUGAAGAAGACCGAGCUCGACUGGAACAAAUGACAGAAAAGGAGAGAGAGCAGGAGCUGUUUAACCGGAUAGAGAAAAGAGAAGUGCUAAAGAGAAGAUUUGAAAUCAAGAAGAAACUAAAAACAGCAAAGAAGAAAGAAAAGAAAGAGAAAAAGAAAAAGCAAGAGGAAGAGCAGGAGAAGAAAAAACUCACACAGAUCCAGGAAUCCCAGGUCAUGUCACAUAACAAAGAGCGGCGAUCAAAGCGGGAUGAGAAGCUGGACAAGAAAUCUCAGGCAAUGGAGGAGCUAAAAGCAGAAAGAGAGAAAAGGAAGAACAGAACAGCUGAAUUACUAGCAAAAAAACAGCCAUUAAAAACUAGUGAAGUAUACUCUGAUGAUGAAGAGGAGGAGGAGGAUGAUAAGUCUAGUGAGAAAAGUGAUCGUUCAUCCAGAUCCUCAUCCUCUGAUGAAGAGGAAGAGAAAGAAGAAAUUCCUCCUAAGUCCCAGCCAGUGUCCUUGCCUGAAGAACUGAACCGAGUACGGUUAUCGCGACACAAGCUGGAACGAUGGUGUCAUAUGCCCUUCUUUGCCAAGACAGUCACUGGCUGCUUUGUCCGUAUUGGCAUUGGAAAUCACAACAGCAAACCUGUUUAUCGGGUUGCUGAAAUAACUGGUGUGGUAGAGACUGCAAAGGUUUACCAGCUUGGUGGUACUCGGACAAACAAAGGACUACAGUUGCGGCAUGGCAGUGAUUCACGUGUGUUUCGUUUGGAGUUUGUCUCAAAUCAGGAAUUUACUGAAAGUGAGUUUAUGAAGUGGAAGGAAGCGAUGUUCUCUGCUGGGAUGCAGCUACCCACACUAGAUGAGAUAAACAAGAAGGAAAUGUCCAUCAAAGAAGCCCUCAACUACAAGUUUAAUGACCAGGACAUUGAAGAGAUUGUGAAAGAGAAGGAAAGGUUCAGAAAAGCACCUCCAAAUUAUGCUAUGAAGAAAACUCAGCUGUUAAAGGAGAAGGCUAUGGCUGAGGACUUGGGGGACCAAGAUAAGGCCAAACAGAUUCAAGAUCAGCUUAAUGAACUUGAAGAGAGAGCAGAGGCCCUGGAUCGUCAACGAACAAAAAACAUUUCUGCAAUCAGUUACAUCAACCAGAGAAACAGAGAGUGGAAUAUCGUUGAGUCUGAGAAGGCUCUUGUGGCUGAAAGUCACAGCAUGAAAAACCAACAAAUGGACCCCUUUACUAGGCGGCAGUGCAAACCCACAAUAGUGUCUAAUUCCAGAGAUCCUGCUGUCCAAGCUGCCAUCCUUGCCCAGCUAAAUGCAAAAUACGGUUCUGGUGUAUUACCAGAUGCUCCAAAGGACAUGAGUAAGGGUCAAGGGAAGGAUAAAGAUGUGAACUCUAAAUCAGCCAGUGACCUCUCGGAGGAUCUUUUCAAAGUGCAUGACUUUGAUGUAAAGAUUGAUCUUCAGGUUCCCAGUUCAGAAUCUAAGGCACUGGCCAUCACCUCCAAGGCUCCACCAGCAAAAGAUGGUGCCCCUCGGCGAUCAUUGAACUUGGAGGACUACAAAAAGAGGCGGGGGCUUAUUUGAGCAUGCCCACUCUGCUGCUUCUGAUCCUGCAUGCUCCAUGACGAUGUCCUACCUUUUCUUCCUCCCUUUUCAGUUCUCCCUUCUGGGUUGGAGCAGCAACGGAGCUGGGAAGAGACUCUUUAAAACUGCCAGUCAUCUGUAACAUAAACCAUUCAACUAUUUACUGUAUAGACCUCCCUUCUUGCCCUUUCCUCCUGCCCCCUCACAAAUGUGGAUCUGUGCUAUUUGGGGUUUUCCCAUUUCUUUUAGUUUGAGUUUUGUUUUUAUUUUGUUGAUGCAGCUCGUUGGUCCACUCUGUGUUCAGUAUUAGCCUGAGGUCUGGAUUUCCAUAGGAAUCUCUUGGUGGUUGCAGAAACAGCACUUGGUGAUCUCCCCUUUACAUAUACCACCACAGGCACAGUGAAUAAACAUUGGCGCAAGACCUUUGUGGCUGGAAGGUCAUCUGCACUUUCUUCCUCUUCUUCCUCCUUCGUACUAGCUUUGGAGAAGGGAGUCUUCAAAAACUGGCUUAGGUUCAAAGUGUAAAUUUUUUUGGGAGGGUUGUGUGACUUUUUUUCAGGUGUUUUUUAUCAUUUUUAAGCUGCAGUACUAUUUGUAUCCGUCUGUCACAGUUCUUUACGGCUGUUUUGAAUUUCUACCAGCUGUACUUGAGCAUCUGAAAUUGCAAGAAACAAACUCAUUAAAUGUGAUUCUUACUAAAACGGCUUGGCUGAUAU